UUUGAUCCCCAGGCCGGGUCAUUCGGGUAUUUGGGUAAUCAAACUCACAGACUCGCACUGGGUUUGUUGGUCAUUUGCAACAAAGUGGGGAAACUCUUCUCUGCGAGGGAGGAGAGAACGGAAGAGGAGAUCGCCCGGUGACUGAAUUUAUAAACGAACGCAUCAAACGUAUCGAUUUUGAAUCCGAAUUCUAAAUUGUAAUCCACUCAAAUCGAAUCGAGAGCGUGGUAACAGAAAAAUCUGACGGAAAUCAAAGCUAGAGCGGGAAAGAAGAAGACGACAUGCUGCCCACCGUCUCGAAAGGGCGCACGCACUCUAACGUGCGCCAGAAUCCUGUGUUCCCUCAGUACCUCCGACGAAUUGUCAAGUGGGAACAAAUGGAUAUUGAAUAUACUUUCUGGCAGAUGUUUCAUCUCUGCACCUCACCAAAAGUUGUCUAUCAGCACACUAAGUACCACAAGCAAACAAAAAACCAAUGGGCACGAGAUGAUCCUGCUUUUGUUGUAAUCUGCAGUCUCCUUUUAGUAGUUGCAACUUCGGCUUAUUGUGCUGCAUAUGAUCACAGUAUGGCACAUGCUAUUUUUACUGUUAUUUCAGUAUUGAUUUUUCAUUUCUUGGUAACUGGAGUAGUUCUGGCUACAUGUUGCUGGUUUCUCACAAAUUCUUAUCUUCGUGAAGAGGCUCCAAACAGCCAUGUGGUUGAACAACGGGUUGAAUGGCUGUAUGCAUUUGAUGUGCACUGCAACUCUUUCUUUCCACUGUUCAUCAUGCUAUAUGUGAUUCAUUAUUUUCUGUCACCUCUAUUGGUGGCACAUGGUUUCAUUCCGCUGUUGCUAUCAAAUUUGGUUUUCAUGGUGGCCAUCUCCUAUUAUCAUUACCUCAACUUUUUAGGAUAUGAUGUGCUGCCCUUUUUGGAUAAGACCACCUUCUUCUUGUAUCCUAUUGGUCUCGUCUUCAUCAUUUCUCCUCUAUUGAUUCUGAGUGGCUUCAACCCUACAAGAUAUGUUAUGAAUAUUUACUUCAGUUAGUGGCUUUGAUUUGCUUGAGGCUUAACAUUGCCUGGAGCACAUGGUGCAAGGUGACACACUAAUUCAAGACUGGCAUGAAGACAGCUUCAACAAAUGCUUUAUUACUUAGCUUCUUAUAGGACAGGGUUGCCUAAAUUGUAUAACAGUUAUUCGUUUUACCUUUCGUGUGGAGCUAUUGUUUUUGGGGAAGAGGUGCAGAACAAGUCAGGAUGCUGCAAAUCGUUUUUGGGGAAGAGAACGCAUUAGGCCUGGUCGAAGUAACUCUUCUCGAGUUUUGAUAUUUGCAUGCUGUCUUCAUUUCUAAGUCGAGCUAGCUCUGAACUAAAUCUGAGAACGGAAGAAAGUAUGAACACGUAAGUUUCAGGUGCCAUCAAAUAUCUCUCUUGCUGGAGAGAUCUCAAUGAUUGCCAGUUUUUCUGUGGCAAAAUGCAAGUAUCUUUAUAUUGUUGAACGGCUAUUGACAUUACUUUUUCGUUGCUCUGUAAAUCAAAUGAAAAUCGGAUCUAGACAACUUCAAAUUGCAUGUCUUCCAACAAAAAUCAAAUGAACCUUUUUCUUA